CCACACAUGGAAUAGUGGAAACAAAGGGCAAGCAAGGACUAGGAAGCAAUGAUGGGUGCCCAGAUCACUUCUUCAAAAGUUGAACCCAAUUUUUGGACAUACUCGAACUACUUCUCUUAUUUAAUGAGAUAUACCUCUCUAGCUAGGACUACUUGUACUACAGCAAACAACAGCAUAGAGAGAGUGAGAGAGAGAGAUAUGACUGUAUCUAAGGUCGAAAUCCCAUUUCUUGAUUUCUCUGAAGAAGCUUUGACAGGCUUAGAAGUUAAGAGUGAGAAGUGGAAAGAAUUGUGCAACCAAGUUAGAGAGGCAUGUGAGGCUCAUGGGGUCUUCUUUUUGGUUUAUGAUAAGAUCCCUAGUAGCUUACGUGAAGAAAUGUUUGGUGCCAUGAAGGCACUGUUUGAUCUUCCUGAGGAGACUAAGAACAGGCACGUUAAUCCUAAGCCAUAUCGAAGUUACUUAGGGAAGUGUCCUGUAGUUCCUUUUCAUGAGAGCUUCGGCGUUGAUGAUGCUCCAACUCUUGAUGCUUCUCAAGCUUUUACCAACCUUAUGUGGCCUGAAGGGAACCCAAGUUUCUGCGAGACAAUCCAUAGCAUGAGCUCAAAGAUGCAAGAAUUGAAUUUUCUGGUGAUGAAGAUGAUUUAUGAAAGUUUUGGCAUCGAAAAGCUCUAUGACUCUUUCCUUGAGGAAACCACCAGUAUACUUAAGGUGAUGAAGUAUAAAGUUCCUCCAAGUGAUACUGAGUCAGCCAUUGGUCUAGUGGCUCACACAGACAAAAAUGCUAUCACCAUUUUAUGCCAAAAUGAAGUUCAGGGUCUUGAGGUUCAAGCCAAGAAUGGAGAUUGGGCUCAAGUCAUGGUUCCUGAAAAUGCUUUCACAGCUAUUGUUGGUGAUACUGUCAAGGCAUGGAGCAAUGGGAGGCUUCAUGCAGCAAGGCAUAGGGUGGUGAUUAGCGGGGACAGAGACAGGUAUUCUUGUGGGCUGUUUUCAACUCCGAAGGAGGAAGCAGUGAUCGAGGUGCCAAAUGAACUUGUGGACAAAGAGCAUCCUCUUCAAUACAGGCCGUUUAAUUUUUCAGAUUAUCUCUCAUACUUUGUUUCCAAAUUAAGUGAUGAUGCACUGGAGAUAUAUGCUGGCAUCUGAAGACGUUGUUGGGUUAUAUAUAUAUAUA